AACCGAGCAAACGUUAGAAGAGACGGGAUCAGCCGCGCGUUGCUAACAGCAAACGUUUUAAAGAAGCUCCUCGUCGCUGCUGGGGGGCUAACUAGCUAAUAAAUAAGCUAAUAAAAAAAACUAGCUAGCGUUAGAGCUAACGAGCUAACUAGCUAGCGUUAGAGCUAACGAGCUAACGAGCUAACUAGCUAGCGUUAGCCGCUCACGAUGUCGGAGCAAACAGGAAAAGAGGAGCAGGUGGAAGAAAACAUUCAACCAGACGCAGCUGAGCAGCCGGGGGGGGACGACCCAGAACCGGGGGGGGACGACGGAGAACCGAGGGGGGACGGACACGAGGAGCAGCCCGGCAGGUCGACCACAGGUGCAGGAGCUGAUCACCAGGUGAGGGAGCCUCCCGGAGGAGAAGGUGUGCGGAGCUCCACGGCUACAGACGUUCCGGCGGAAGAAGCUGAAGCUGAAGCAGAGCCUCGCGGGGGAGAAGGUGUGGGAAGCUCCACGGCUACAGUGAAGGUGGUGCUGGUGCCGGGGGGUCACGUGAUGACGGUGGCCUUCGCCAUCGGCCUCCGCGUCCAGCAGCUGAAGCUCCACCUCGCCGCCGAGCUCCGAGUUCCUGCCGAGGUUCUGCAGAUCUCUUUGGACGGCCGCGUGGUGGAGGAGCAGCAGAGCCUGAUGGAGCUCGGCGUGCAGCCUCAGGGCUCCACCCGGAUGGAGAUGAGCUCCACCGACCCAACCGCCCACCCGCUCCGCCCGCUGCGCCCCCCGGAGCGGGACAACGUGCCGGACGUCAUCACCGUGCGAGUCCAAACGGACGAGGGCGUGUCCCGGGAGGUGGUGGUGGAGAUCGAGCGCCCCCCCCAGCACAAGGCCUUCCUGGGCGGCUACAGGCACCGUCUGACGGAGGUGGAGUACCACCACGCCGCCGCCCAGACUCCGCCCAAGAGGAGACCCGACAGAGAGCUGGUGGUCUUCAGCCGCGACAGCCAGACGGUGCACGUGAGGUCUCGUGCGCAGCAGUGUCCGGUCGACGUCGCCACGCAGAUGGCCGCCGUCGGCUGCUACGUCUCCUGCACAAGCGACAGGCCGGUGACUGCGCACGGCGCCUACGUCACGGCGGAGGAACGCCACGGCGCCCGGCUGAGAGCGGUGGGUUUACGUCUGACCACGAUGCGCCACGCCGUUUCGUUCCCUAUGUAUGUAUACGUGUGUGUGUGUGUGUGUUUGUCACCUGGCCAGGUGAUCCGUCUGCAGGCGUUCGCUCGCCGCUGGCUGGCCCGGCAGGAAGUGGAGCGGCUGCGGAGGGACCGGGACCAGCGGCUCGCCUGGCUGCAGCUGCAGGAGAGGAGGAGGAGGUGGGAGAAGGAGGAGCAGCUCAAGGACCGCCGUCUCCGCCGGACCAACCCACAGAGGAGGAAGGACUUCCACCUGCUGUACCACGCGCUAGAGACCUGGAGGUGUGAGGAGGAGCAGCGGGUCACUCGGUGCCUGCAGGGAGCAGACAUGAAGGCCUCCUUGUGCUCGCUGAUGGAUCAGCAGACCCAGCUGAUCUCCGGCAUCGAACGGCAUCGCGGCGCCGCCCGGGACGACGGCCGAGAGCGAGCGGUCAGCCGCCUGCUGGACAAGUCGGCGGCCCCUCGUUGGUGGCGAGCGGCAGACGGCCGGAUGGUGGAGAUGGACAGUGAACACACCAUCAGAGCGAGAGAGCUGAGAGACCUGUACAAAGACAUCAGCUGCUCGUCUGUCAGCCAGGAACAGAGACUCCACGUCCUCCUGACCCUCAAACACACCGUGAAGGAGCACGAGUGUCAGCUGACCCGGGACGUGGUGGGUUUGAUUGACAGGGAGGUGGACCUGAUGACUCGGGGGGUGAAGGCAGCCAGCCUGGAGGGGCUGAGGAAGAGGAUCUCCACUCUCUUCCUCCAGUACAUCAAAACGCCGGCGUUCAACCCUGAGGUGGCCAAGCUGCUGAAGGUCCCUCAGAACGCCUCUCAGCUGAAGAGCGACAUGUUCCUCUGCGUCGCCUGCCGCCGCUACCUGCUCUCCUCCGACUUCAGCCCGACCGCCGGCACCGGUCCGAGCGGCCGGUGCCGCGACUGCACCGACCUGGACAACGUGGCGAGGUGCCGGGAGGACUUCUCCCGCUACGAGAACAUACUGAGGAGGCUGAGAGCCGACGAGCAGCGGCUCAACGAGGAGGCCAAGAUCCCCUUCCUGCUGCAGGUGGAGGACCUGCGGUACCUGGUCGAGGCCGUCUGGGCGUCCCGCUCGGCCCUCCAAGCCAGCAGCGACCUCUACGACCUGGUGUUGGUCCGCUGGGAGCGCCGGACGGACUGGAGCCCCUGGAACUGCAUCCUGCUGUCCAAAGAAGAGGCUGCAGCUCACCUGGAGGUGGAAGACGUCCACAAGGCGUACGAGGCCACGUUCAUCCGCAGGAUCCAACACAAACACGUGCUGGCUCGGCGCCACUUCAGCCAGAUCCCCGUCAUGGCCGAGCACCUGGACCCUCGGCCGCCCCCCCCCCAGGGUGACCAGCUCGUCUCCAAGACCGUCACCGUGGUGACAGGCCGGCGCACCAGCCACAGCUCGGCUCCUUAAGGAACGUCUUAUUGUGUCGUUAUCCAAAAUAAAGCUCAUGCUGCUUUGCCUUGUCAUAUUAAUUUUUGUUCUGAUGCUUUUAUUUUGAAAGUAGGAUGUGGAGACACUGAGAGGCCUGCAGAUAAAAUUAUACAGAUGACACAAAGAUGGAAGAAUAGAGGAAUAUGAAUACAAUUUGGUUGUUAAUUUCAUGGAAAAAAUGGGAAAAAAUGACAUGAAAAAAAUGAUUAGGAAGUAUUAUACUUCAAAAAGUCAAUAUAAUUUAAGUUAAAAAUGUUUGAAAAUAAGAAGAAAUAUGUUUAGCUUAAAAAAUCUGAUAAUUAAAAAGAUUUUCAAAAUAUUGUGGUAGACUACAGGGAGAAGUGUUCUGUCCUGUCCCUGUCCUGUAAAGCAACUUUGAGUCUCUGAAAAGCACAAAAUAAAACCAAUUAAUUAUUAUUAUUAUUAUUACAAGUGAGGGGGUGGGUGUUGGAGGGGAGGUAUAUUUUGACCAGAUGUCUCCACCAACGAACCAUGUCAAGGAGUUCCGGCCUAACGAGGCAAGAGAGUAAGAAAUUGAGCAAUUAGAGAGGGGAAGCAUAAGAAGGGGAACAAGGAACUGAACAGGGAAGAAAUGGGGAGUGAGAAAAGAGUGAAGUCAACGCAGGAAAGGAUUGCAUGGAUUGACCUGACCUGACCUGACCUG